AUGAAAGAAGCACUUAGUUCACCGAUGAAAGCCUUGGUUGCGGGGAGCCUUUUAGAACAUCAGAGUAUGGACGUGAAAGUUUCGGUAGCUUCAUGCCUCUGUGAGAUAACGAGAAUUACAGCGCCCGAGGCCCCGUAUAGUGACGAAGAAUUGAAGGGUGUUUUCCAGUGUAUUGUUUCUUCUUUAGAAAACCUAUCAGACAAAUCGAGCCGAUUUUACGACAAAAGGGUCUCAAUUCUUGACAGUAUUUCCAAAGUUAGGUCAUGUAUUAUAAUGCUUGAUCUCGAAUGUUAUGAUUUGAUCGUGAAAAUGUUUGAGCACUUUCUGAAUGCAGUACGGGACCAUCACCAUGGUAUCGCAUUUUCGUUAAUGGUGAAUAUCAUGGCUCUUGUGUUGGAAGAAAGUAAAGAUAUUUCACUCGAUAUGCUCAAACCCUUUUUAAAAAGUGUUAAAAACAACAAAGAGGGCAUCUUACCGGUCGCCAGAAAGUUGGGAGAAGAAGUGAUUAAAAAGUUUGCAGAUAAAAUUCAGCCAUACCUUAAUAAAGCAAUGACCAAUUUGAACAAAGCAAUGACCAAUUUGAACGAUUCAUUGGCUCAUUACAGUCAAGUUCUAACAUAUGUUUGUGAAGGCACUACUCACUUUGCUGAAAAUAACGCCGAAGUGCUUCGGUGCAGAAAAAGGUUGUCGAUACUGCGCCGGCAGUGA